GGCAUCUUGAAGACAACUCUUCCACAAUUAGUACCGUUGUGGCUAAUGAUAAUGGAAUCGAAGACCGUGGAAGCAAUAAGGUGGAAGUAUCUGUCGACAUCAUCGACACUAGGAGCGACGUCGUUAGCGGCAGCAGUAGUAGCACGAAAAUGAAUAAGGAGGACGACUAUGAUCGAGUCACUGUUUUAUCAUCGCCGGAUGAUGAUAAUGACAAAGCGAAGCAAAAACAAGAGCGACAACUAGUACGAGCACUGGAUCUGCAUAUUAUCCCAUUAUUUUGCAUGUUCUAUUUUGUCGACUAUCUAGAUAGAGCAAACAUCGGAAACGCUACUAUAGCAGGUCUUCAAAAGGAUCUCGGGAUGACGGGCCCUGAGCUCAGUACUGCUAUUUCUGCAUUUUUCAUUACAUAUAUCAUAUUUCAAGUACCUUCAAACAUAAUUCUAAAGCGAAUUGGUGCACGUUGGUGGCUUUCGUCCAUUAUGCUUGCUUGGGGUCUUAUUACUGUGUCGAUGGCUUUGGUCAACAGCUUCACAGGCCUGUUAAUCACUCGACUUCUUCUAGGUGCCGCAGAAAGCGGAUAUGUCCCUGGGAUUCUCUUUCAAAUGUCACGGAUCUACAAGCCCCAGGAAAUGGGCUUCCGUGUCGCCAUCCUGUUAUGCAUGAGUGCAUUAUCAGGUAUUGUCUCAGGGCCCGUCGCUUACGUCGCCACCAGCAUGGAAGGCAAGUUGGGAUUACAUGGAUGGCAAUAUUUGUUCAUCAUUGAAGGUAUCCCUACGGUCCUUUUGGCACUUUUAUCCUAUUGGGUGCUAUUCGACGACGUUACGCAAGUCGGAUGGCUCAGCGAGAAGCAAAAGCAACUUCAGGAGGUACGGAUGGCGGCACAUACCAAGGAUGGUGGUAGCCAGGAGCCGAUUAGCCUGAACACUAUACGGAUUGUGCUCCUCGAUAAAAAGACUUGGCUGUUUUCGGCAGUGUUCCUUCUUGCGUCCAUUAACUUAACCAGUAUUGUUGUCUUCAUGCCUGUAAUGAUCAAUG